GCUGUGGUCCCCAGCAGUUCUGGACACUGGGGGACACUGGGGGACUCUGGGGCAACAUGAGUGAGUCCCAGGAACCAAGAUUACAGAAGAUGGGCUUCCUGGAGGAGGAACAGCUGAGAGGCCUUGGAUUCCGACAGACUCGAGUCUACAAGAGCUUAACAGUGUCCAAGGUCCCCAGCUCCAUAAGUCAGGGACAAUCCAAGCAAGAGGAUAUCUACCAGGAACUGACCCAGCUGACGGCUGUAGUGGGUGAGCUCCCAGAGAAAUCCAAGCAACAGGAGGUCUACCAGGAGCUGAUCUGGCUGAAGGCCGCACUGGGUGAGCUCCCAGAGAAAUCCAAGCAGCAGGAAAUCUACCAGGAGCUGACCCAACUGAAGGCUGCCGUGGGUGAGUUGCCGGAGCGGUCUAAGCAACAGGAAAUCUACCAGGAGCUGACACGGCUGAAGGCUGCAGUAAGUGAGUUGCCAGACAGGUCCCAGCAACAGGAGAUCUACCAGGAACUGUCGCAGCUGAAGGCUGCAGUAAGUGAGUUGCCAGACAGGUCCCAGCAACAGAUCUACCAGAAGCUGACUGAGUUGAACGCUGCAGUGGUUAAGCUCCCAGAGAAAUCCAAGCAACAAGAGAUCUACCAGGAACUGACCCAGCUGAAGGCUGUGGUGGAACGCCUGUGCCGCCCCUGUCCCUGGGAAUGGACAUUUUUCCAAGGAAACUGUUACUUCAUGUCUAACUCCCAGCGCAACUGGCACGACUCCGUCACCGCCUGCCAGGAAGUAGGAGCCCAGCUCGUCAUAAUCGAAAGUGAUGAGGAGCAGAACUUCCUACAGCUGCAGUCUUCCAGAAGUAACCGCUUCACCUGGAUAGGACUUUCAGACCUAAAGCAGGAAGGCACAUGGCAGUGGGUGGAUGGCUCACCUCUGUCAUCCAGCCUCAGGCGGUAUUGGAACCAAGGAGAGCCCAACAAUAUCGGGGAGGAAGACUGUGCAGAAUUUAACGGCAACGGCUGGAACGACGACAGAUGUAGUGCCGCCAAAUUCUGGAUCUGCAAAAAGUCCGCAGCCUCCUGCUCCAGGGAUGAAGAAAGGCUUCUCUCCUGAGCCCCUACCACCUCAAACCCCCAUGCUGGGUAGCAGAAUUUCACCCAGCUCUCUGGGGGAGAAAGUCCUGAUGUGUUGUGUUUGCCCAUUACCCUGGU